GCGCUGAGGUGUCCGCACGCGUUCCUCACUCCUCCAUCUCUAUCACCGACACCCAUACAUUUAAGGUACACCCACAUUUCACCAGAUCCACCCAUACAUCACCAGGUCCACCCACAUAUCACCAGGUCCGCCCACAUAUCACCAAGUACACCCACAUUUUACCAGAUACACCCACAUAUCACCAGGUACACCCACAUAUCACCAAGUACACAAACACACACCGACAAAUACACCCUUGGAUCACUAGGUACACUCAGGUACACCCACACACUGACAGGCAUAUCAAUACACCACCACAUACAUCAAGGAACACACACACACUAAAAAGUGAUCGUCCACCCCCGUCAUUAGCACUAAAGAGAUCGUCGAAAGAUAACCUAUUUGGUUCUCUCUGACUUAUUGUGUAGUGUUUCAGCGACGUCCCCUGUGCUCUUGUUGUCUCGUAGGGCGUGUCUUAGGGCCUCUUGGACGUCUGCUAUGGACCUCAGACGAUGGCUGUGUUCUAAGACUUCAAUAGUGGUUAAGACGAGUGUAUCUGGAGAAGUCUCUUGUAUCGAAAUAUCUCCUUGAUUGUGUGUAGCCCUCUUGAUAUCUCUCGUGCUGCGCUGGAGUUCGUCGUGUUUAAAGCCCCUCUGUGGUGUGAGUGACCCAGUGAAGUACCUGUGGCCUAUGAGACAAACGCCUGUGUGAGGAGCCACUCUUCAGCUACCAAGACAGACAGGAAGAAGGAUGAGGUGGGGUCCUUGGCCGAACUGUGUCCUGCUGCUGCUCCUCCUCCUCCAUCUGGCGCCCUCCGCCACCACCUUAGGCCUAGGACUCUCAGCUAAGAGUGCCUUCUUCGGCUUCUCCUACAUUAUGUCCUUUCUGAGGACGGCAGAGAGGCUGUUUGCACUCCUAAGUCCCACUACAGGCGUCAUAACAGUGCUGAGAGGUCGCCGUGCGGUGGGCAUCGAGUACCAAAACCUCAGGUACGACUUCCUGAGUGCAACACUUCAUGACCCGAUGCAAUGCCUCCCCCUCGUGCUCUGUGCCAUACAUGCUGACCCUGAUGACCUUAUCACUGCUAAAGAAGCAGCAUUUAGAAAAACCUUUAGACCAUACUUCACACAGCAGCCAAUCCCAGACUGGGCAGAACAGUAUGUCCAUGCAGCCGACAUUGGAGCAACUACAAAAUCUACGGACUCCUGCAGAGAGGCAUACCCAUUCUGUGGUUUCUCUCAAUACUAUCUAAGGAAACUCAUUACUCAAGCCAUGAAUAGUGAGGGCAGAAGCUUACUGCAGACAUAUAAGUGAUCCAUGGAGAGAUGAAUGUUUUAUAUCCUUAAUCCAAUGGAGGAAUGCUGUGAGCAAUUCAGUACUGGGUAUUUGCAAAGAGUAUUAAUCCCACAAGUGACAUGGAGAAAAAAUUUGGAUGAUAUGUCCUAUGUCUAGCACAAAGGACUUACCAGUAACUGGAGGGCUAUACAGAAGUAUUUGCAAUCACGUUUUACCAAAUAAAUUAAUGUUCUACAAUUUGCUCAACGAACUUCAUUUAUUGAUAACACAAAUGUAAAUAUCAACGGCACUUCCAGUAGAAAAUGCCCAAUUUAAUGUGCAUCUUACCAGUUCCCUGAAUACCGUACAGUCCACUUAAGAGAUUUACAUAUCAUGCUACAGUAUAUUUUAAUUGUUCGUUACUAAAUAUUUUUUUUAUUGUCUGGAAUGAAGUUUGUAUGAAUUCAAUAUUUUGUUUAUUGACAGGAGUAGUUCAGCUUAGUUUGGUUCAGUAAAUCAUCAUAUUACUUUACAUUCCUUCAGCAUGUAUAUACACAAUACAGGUUCUACUGUAUUCAAUUCAGCAUGGUAUCAACACCUAAUUGAGACAGGCUCCAUCCUUUUGUCGGGCAGGGGUCCUCCCAGCUGAAAUAACCUCCGACAAUCACCAGAAUAAAAUACUAAAGUGCACCGCUGCCCAACAAAGGUUAGAGGCAAAAUUUGGCAAGAUUUUCUAUUAUAAUUUUUGUCAUGUUUCAUUACUGUAUAGGUUUCCAAUACUUGUAUCUAGUGUGAGGUAGCAACAUUCUCAGCACUACGAUUUCCAGCCCCUUAUAUUGUUUUCCGGUUUCAAAAAUUCACUUUCAAUGUCAGAAAAUGUAAACUGAGGAGUCUUUGAUUACCACUGGUUGUUGCCAAUUCAGAAUUCCAAAAAUACAUCUGAAUUUGUUUGAUAUACUACUGUAUUAUAAUUUAUUUAUUAAUAAUACUUUAUAUUUGUAAA